AAAACAAAACGCACCCGGCUACAAGCGUCACAGCGUUUUGCGACAAAACGUCGGUUGUGGUAACAUGGCGUCCAGCUUAUCACGGCCAUGGAGUCAAAAUUGUUUACACUCUGUUCUACAGUAAAUACGUCAGACAUCCGACCACCAAUUGGACCGUCGUAGACAUACCAGACAGCGUCCAGACAGUCUACAACGUCUACCUCUUCAAUCUCCAGCCAAGCACGGUCUACAGUUUUAAGGUCAGGUCACUCAGUCUGAAGGGCAACGACCUUGAACUUGAAAGCAAUGUCAUUUCUAGGACAACCGGAGGUAAUCUGAGGGCCUUUUAUACUUUUUCCCUGCUUUGA